UGCAGACCGAUAUUGCAUUGGGUGUCUCGAAUACUGCAUCACAGCAGCGCUAGUCCGGCUUCCUCUUUUAUAGGAUGGGGUUUGCCUCGCUUUCUGGGUGAUCAUCAAAACCUAUAUUUGGCAUCUGUGGCAAUCUGCUGUUAUUGUGGAGAAGGAAAAUAAUGUGUAGUUUAGAGUGUUCGGUCGAUGCGCCGAUGCCAGGAUUUUCAAAGGGGUUCCGGUGGUUUUAGUUCAGUUGUAAACGAGUUCUGUACGAUAAAAUGAUCUAUUGCUACAAACUACCACGUGUCCGCGCAUGACACCCUAGGAAAAGUUGCAGUUGGCGGAAUGCAGCGAGGUGUUAUAUCAUAUGGACCAAAGACUAUACAAGAAGACUGCACCUGGAGCUACAGAGUUGAUUGUCUCAUCCUCGCAACGCUUCUAUUUUACUAGUAAUUUUAGGGGAGGGGAAGGCAUCCGACCCAGGUGACAAUUGCCGUCGGAAUGUAACAAUUAGGCUGUAACCUUGAGUCGGUCGGAUUGGUUAAUUAAUACGUGGAGGUUGUUCCGUAAUCAUAGCUUAAGUGAGUAUUUUCAUUAACGUUCAGUAGUCUAGAACGUUUUCAAAUUGAAUUUGAAGCCAACCUGGAAUAUAAUGAGUAUUAACUGGCAUGUAAUCAUAUUUGCUGACAUAUAGAGGGCAGAAUCUGGGAUUUACGACAGAAAUACUGAAUUGAUUGGAAACCAUCGGAAUUGCCCGCCCUGUCAUUGCCUGUUGUGCGCGGAAUAUGCACGCGCUGUUCCAGCAAUCCAACAGCUGAACAGCAUUGUCUCGGCGGCACAUGCAAACUGUCCGCUCCACUACUUCCCAUCUGAGCCCUGGUCUCUUGAAAUGAGGACCGCGUCCCCGGUCUGUUCUGUGUGAAAAGCGCGAAAACUGGUAUUUCCUUCGGUGUAUCCGGUCCGCAGUGAGGCAAGGACGAAAAGUCGCCGUUUGGCCAAGCUGCAGCCAUGGACCAGGACGGGAAAAGGAGGUUCUCAAAAAAGAGUAUAAUCUCAAAGAUUUUCAAAGUUCGCAAGAGGAGAGAGAUGCUUUUCGUGCAAGUGUGUUUUCUCUGCAGUGUCCUUCUCAUGGCAUGGAGCAUGUCAACACUGCUUACAAAGACAGGCCAUGGAAUUGUCUUAAAGGUUGGACACGAGAAGCAUGAACACUGGGGAAGGAGGCUCAUGGCACAUGAACCUGACAAUGAGACUGAGUCGAGGAACUGCACAGAGCCAGCUAUCAAGGAAUUCCCUGAAGAUGUUUUCACCAACGACGAGCGGCAGAGUGGGGCUGUCCUGCUGCACGUCGUGGCGGCCCUCUAUAUGUUCCUGGCGCUGGCCAUAAUCUGUGAUGACUACUUUGUGCCGUCCCUGGAGAAGAUCUGUGAGAAACUAGACCUGAGUGAGGAUGUUGCUGGAGCCACCUUCAUGGCAGCUGGGAGUUCUGCUCCAGAGCUUUUUGCCUCCAUCAUUGGUGUCUUCAUCACUCAUGGUGACGUGGGGGUGGGGACAAUUGUUGGCUCGGCGGUCUUCAAUAUCCUGUGCAUCAUCGGCGUGUGCGGAAUAUUCGCCGGACAGGUUGUGAUGUUGGGUUGGUGGUCUGUGUUCCGGGAUUCAUUUUACUAUGUCUUGUCGAUCCUCGCUCUUAUUGCGUUCAUCUUUGAUGGGAAGGUAGUGUGGUGGGAGAGUCUGAUUUUGGUGGUCAUGUACUGUGGAUACAUCAUCAUCAUGAAGUUUAACCAGAGUCUGCAGAAGUUAUUCACGAGGAAAGGGUGCAAGGACAAGAACCAGGCCAAUGGAAACGCGGCAGCCAGCAGCGAGAUGGAGGAUGUUAAACCCAGUAAGGCGUUCAGUCGUGGAUCUGUGGUCAUGGUCGAUGAGAUGAUCCACGCCAGUCCUCCCAAGCUGCGCUUCCCCGACGCCGGCCUCCGCAUCAUGAUCACCAGCCAUUUUGGACCCAAGACGCGUCUGCGCAUGGCCAGUCGAGUCAUCAUCACUGAGCGUCAGAAGCUGGUCCAAGGGACCAAUGGGGUGGAGACCCAGGUGCUGGAGGGCAAGUUGGACAUUGAAAAUGGCAAUGUGCCCGAGGACAAGCCUGCGGAAGAGGAAGCCGAGAACGAGACCAUCUCCCCCUUUCACCUCCCAGCUGGCUUUGGCAGCCGGUCCAAGUGGCUGAUCUCCUGGCCCCUUCUGCUGCUCCUGUUUUUCACCAUCCCCAACUGUGCCAAGCCUCGCUGGGAGAAGUUCUUCAUGCUGUCCUUCAUCCUCUCCACCGUCUGGAUAGCCGUCUUCUCCUACUUCAUGGUCUGGAUGGUCACCGUCAUCGGUUAUACCCUCGGCAUCCCGGACGUCAUUAUGGGGAUCACCUUCCUGGCUGCGGGCACCAGUGUACCCGACUGCAUCGCCAGUCUCAUCGUUGCCAGACAAGGAUUGGGCGACAUGGCAGUGUCCAACACCAUCGGCAGUAAUGUGUUUGAUAUCCUGGUCGGGCUGGGGAUUCCCUGGGCCAUACAGACCAUGGCGGUGAACUACGGCUCUGAGGUCAUGAUCAACAGCCGAGGACUGGUCUACUCUGUGGUGCUGUUGCUGGGCUCUGUGGGUCUAACGGUGGGUGGGAUCCACAUCAACCACUGGAAGCUGGACAGGAAGCUGGGUAUCUACACUCUGGUCCUCUACGCUGUCUUCCUGUGUUUCUCCAUCAUGAUUGAGUACAAUGUGUUCACCUUUGUCAACCUGCCAAUGUGCAUGGAUGACUAACUAAACCAUGCCCAUCCAUGCUAACCUCUGACCCAGGAAGCACCGCCCCCUGUAGCCCAAGAUGGCAAAUCACCACCAACCUUCACUGUCAUCAACCAAGUUACGGCACUUUGUUACUGUCUGUUGUCAUAACAGACCUGUUGACAUCAUGACCUGCUCUCAGUCUUUACAACUUUCUUCCAUUGUGCUUGGUCACACCUUCAAGCUUGUUCUUCAUGCAAUGUCCUCCCCUCUCACAUGCAAAAAAACUGCAUCCAUUUUCAGGCUGGUCCUUUUAUUUGCCACAUUCUGUAUUUUUUGUUUGCUGAGCUUUUUUGAGGCGUCCCUAACAGGCUUUAGAAUCAAGGGGAGUAACAAGUCUCCCUAUGUGAGAAAAAAGCACACACGCCUCUGUCCAGAUUAGGAUUUGUCCGUCACACCUGCCAAUCAAACAUCUCAUUCUUAUUCCCAUAUGAACAUCCUGUGAAGACAACCCCCACCCCUCAACCUGAAUCUCUACCUCUCCCCCAAAUCCCGCUUGUGACCCCGAACCCUUUUCAGGAGGAACUCGUUUUUGGCAGCUCUCCUCUUUUUUGACCUGGACCCCCCCCUAACGUGGUCCGAACUGUUUCCAUAAUCACUAUGCCCCACCUCCUGCACUAGACACUUUUUUUAAUUUAUUUUUUAUUACAUUUUUUUUACCAUCUUUUCCUGUCUUGGUCACCUUUCCCAGAGGAGCGUUGGAAGUUAAGUCUGAGGUCUCAGCACUGAGACUACAGGGAGAAUGUGUAUGGUGUCCAUUUACAGCACUGCACAAUGUAAAACUUGUAAAUGUAUAUUUUCUUUUGUGUGCAUCCACUUUUUUUGAUCCUUUUUUCCAUUUAAGAAAAGACUAGUGUGUAUAUUGCAUUUGAGAGCUUGUUUCAAUCAUGAAGGACAUUUGCGGUUUCACAGCAAGGAUUUGCAAUGCUCUUCCUGCGUUUCCCCAUAGGGAGACAUGGACUGAUUGAUGGCGACAUCUCCGUAUGCCUAUGUGUUGAAAGUGCAGCUUCUUUUUUUUUUUUUUUUUUUUUGUGGUUUUGUCAGAGCCUGUCACUGACCCUCUGCUCAACACGAGAGUUAACAGUUGCUUGGAGAUGAC